CAUUACGUACAGCGGGACGUCUCGGAGAAGAUAAACAAAAAGGAAGGAAGCCUUCGGCCAUACAAUCGCGGCAAAAUCGGUUCGAAAUUUUUGCUUCCAAGCUACAGUUAACAACUACAUGUGCCCUUAUAUUGCUUAGAUAGUUACCAUUUGGCGUUAACAAUCAUGGACGAGGGGAUAAUAUUUCGUAUGAGUGCAUAUUCCGAGCAAGGUGGGAGGAAAUACAUGGAGGAUGUUGUCGAUAUAAGGAUCGAGUACGAGCCGACACAGUCUCCAUCGCCAGGCGAAGAUUAUCCAAAGUCGCAGGGGCAUGGAGGACAGGGGAAAGUGGAGAGUGAACCUACAAAACAGACUGAAAAUGAGACACGUGACCAUAACGUUGCUGCCGAAGCGGCCCCCGUUUCUGCAAUGUGGGUAGAGAGUCUCUCAAAUGAGGACAGUGGCAACAACAGUGCACCGGCGUCGGAGGGGAAAGUCGCAGGGCAAGCAGUCGACACUCGGAGGUCUGUGGCGUUUUUCGCUGUUUUCGAUGGCCACGGGGGUCGAGAAGCAGCACAUUUCGCGAGAGAGAAUCUGUGGGAGUUAUUGAAAAGGCAGCGGGGGUUUUGGUCCAAGGAUCACAGUGAAGUGUGUGCUGCUCUAAAGAAAGGCUUCAUCGCCUGUCACCAUGCAAUGUGGAAAGAGCUACCGGAGUGGCCAAAGACUAUUACUGGCCUGCCCAGUACAUCAGGCACCACAGCCAGCGUGAUUGUGAUCCGCGGGGUUCACAUGUACGUUGCCCAUGUAGGGGAUUCGGCGGUAGUGGUGGGUGUGCAAGAAAAUGACUCUGAUAUCAGGCUCCAGGCACUUGAAAUAACACAGGACCAUAAACCUGAACUUCCUAAGGAAAAACAAAGGAUUGAACGACUGGGUGGCAGUGUAAUGAAGAAAUCCGGGGUGAACCGUGUUGUGUGGAAGAGACCCAGGCUGACCCACAACGGCCCUGUGAGGAGGAGUACAGUCAUCGACCAGAUCCCCUUCCUUGCUGUGGCCCGGUCCCUCGGUGAUCUGUGGAGCUACGAUUUCUACAGCGGGGAGUUUGUGGUUUCUCCGGAGCCCGACACCACCGUGAUGACGCUUGACCCCAGCCGGCAUCGCUACAUCAUCCUCGGCAGUGACGGGCUGUGGAAUAUGAUGCCACCCAGUAAUGUGGUCAAUAUGUGUUGUAGCCACGACAAAAUGGUGGGACCAAAGGGGAUGUCUUGCGCCCGCCGGCUGGGAGUCACAGCCCUACUGUUUUGGAAAGAGCGCAUGCUCCGUGCAGACAACACAACAGUCAUUGUCCUGGCCCUACAGGUGCGCGGGGACCCACCCAUCCCUAUGCAUCAAGAGGAGAUCGUCGUUGACAUGUCUACAGGAAUGGACCAUGUUCCAUUCCCAGGAACUACUUAUAACACAUGUCAGGUCCCACAGGAGGAGCAUGAGGAUGACAUGUUUUUUGAAGAAGAUGGGAUUUAUGGAGAAGAUCAUGAGGGAUGGCCAUGCCUGGAGUGGUAGUGAGCGGAUUGUUGCAGCAAAUGCUUCCACAUUUGGGCUGUAUGAAGCAGCUUUCUGUGCCACGGCACACCUCUUACCUGAUGUUGACUCUAUGAGGGCCACCUGCCCCCCCCCCCCCCCCUUCAGAGGGUUUUGUGAAUGUUUUCAAAAGCAUGACUCUAAAACCCAAAUGAACUGUGCAACUCCUCCGUUUAAAAAAAGGGUCUCGCCGUUCGCCCACGUCGCCCCUGAACUAAGAGGUCCUCCCCGUCUGCCUGGCCGGUCUUCCAACAAAAGUGUCCCCCAGAAGACACCUCAGAGCAAUGUACAAAGUGAAGUAUCCCCGUCAAACUCGCGCUCCAAAAAGAGCAGCUCCCCUGAGGAAAGCCGUAUCCUACCACAGCGCCACAACGCUGCCUUACGCGUGUGCUGCAUCUUGUUUCAUAGAAACGGUGUUUUUGCCCUGAGGAUGGAUCUGCAUCGUGUCAACUUUGCCCAUGUAUCAGGGGGGCCACAGGCCUGGUACUAGAUGGAUACUUUUUAUACAAAGGUUUUUUUGUAAAUUUUAAAUUUGAGAUUGUAAAUGUGUUGCUGUUUUAACCUUUUCUUCUUGCUCUCCUGCCCCCCCCCCCCCUUUAAAUUUGAGUGUUCGCGUAAAAUUUGAAUCCAUUCAAUCGACACAAUCUAUUUUCAUACUUUAAGUAUGUUUAGUGUAUCCAAAAGACGUAUUUUAAAGAAAAUGGAUCACAGCGAUCUAUGAUGACUUCAGCUCACCAAAAUUAUGACACAAGCAAUCUUCCAGUUCAGAUUUGUAUUUGUUUUAACUUGUUGGAUGCUAUAACAUGCCGGUCUUUCCUUCAUUGGAGUCAAUACCUCAGACCAACUGUUUGGAAUCUUUCCUCUUAGAUCAAAUGCGCUACUAGGCCACUGUUAGGUUUUUUUUUUGUUUGUUUUUUUGUUUAAUCGGGUGCAAUCAAAGUACCUGGUAGUGGUGAUACUGUAGCAUGCAAAAUAAGGAAAGAUUGCGCGAGCAAUGGUCUGAGGUAAUUAUGAAGGUACUGAUUUUUUAAGACUAUAUUAUUUGUUUUGUGUCUUUACCAGUGGCUAAUUAUGUACUGUCAUGAUCACAAUUGCUACUCAGCUAAUUGUUGUAUCUUAUGCAUAGUGUGUGAGGAGGUGUUAAAGGGUCCGUUCACCCAAAGCAGGAACAAAAAAAAACAUAUUCUCUCAAUUUCAAUUUCCCUAGUGGUAUCUACCGAUGUGUACACGUGUGGUUUUAGUGAAUUGACCCUUUUGCCCAAUUCUUUGCUGGAGGGCUGAUCCAUUCCAAGCAUUCCCAUUGAUGAUGUGGCCAAUGGGUAUUUGUACUGUAUUGGGUGCUGAUGUAAAAGCCAAGAUCAAUACCUGUGCCUCACUGGAAGGUUGUUAGGAGUUUGCUUUGCCCUUGACUUUUGUUUGGGUAAUAUCCAUUUCAUUUUAAGCAUCCGUUAUCAGGCAUUAACACCAUUUCAGUAUGCCUUCCUGUUGGUUUUCAUAUAUGGUAGGGCUGGGCAAUAUAGAGAAAAUCCAAUAUCACGAUAUUCUUGACCAAAUACCUCGAUGUCGUUAAUGUGACGAUAUUGUAUAGUUGACUAUUGGUGCUUUAACAUAAUGUUAUUUACACAAUGAGAUUUUUGAUAACUAUUCUUCAGAAAUUAUUUAAUGACUUAGUGGGUAGAGGUAAAUAAUAGAACAGCUAGAACAGUCUGGUAAAAUGAUAGUGUUUUACUGAUGAUAUCUAGUCUCAUAUCGUGAAAUCGAUACAUCGAUAUAUUGCCCUGCCCUAAAAUAUGGUAUCGUUGUGUGUGGUUUGCUUCCAUAACUUUAAUCUGCACAUAAAACACCAUAUGAUACGAAUGCAGGAAGGUCCUAUUUCAUGGUGCACAGUAUACAGUCAAUUUAAAGUUCCAACUUGUGUUAACAUGUCAGCUCAGUUUUCCUUCCUUGUCCAUAAAGUGUCAUGGUUGCCUUAGCACAAAUGAGUCAGAGGUGCUUUUCACAGGUUUUCAUAUUUAGGACUCAAACGGGUGAGGAUCACUAGAAUAUGUCAAUGUAAGUAUGGCUGUGGCCCAGCUUCAACCAUGUAUCAUGCACUUUUCAGUUCCACACCACUGUCAGUUAUAUUACAGGGCAGUUUUAGGGUUUUGUACAGUACGUCAAUAUGCAAUAGAAGUUUUGUACAGUACAUUAUUAUGCAAAGUUAUUGUUUAUUUCUGGAGUCUGGCAUGCUCAGAUCUACUGUGUAUGUUGUGAAGUGUCCAGAGGUAAUAGAUGUUAAUGGGCAUGUGGUUUGUUUUUGACGAUACUUGGGUCUGGCUUCAUAUUUACUGCAACUGGUAUUCAGGACUAACUGUGUAAGCUACAUGUGUUGAAAGUGACUGGAUAUACAGUGUCUGUGUGUUGUAAUAAAGUUCUCAUUUUCCA